AUGGUGGUGCAGUUCAUUGACAGUGUUCAGGUUGUUAUUAAUGGAGCCACUGUCCAAACGACUCAAGUUCAUGAGAAUGUGAAUACAACUUUCAAGGCUCUAACUGAAACAGAUUAUAAUCCAUAUGUCAAACAAGGCUCAACCAGCAACUUUGUAUUGGAUGAAUAUGCCACGCCAACGAUCCAAGGGUCUAGCGGAGCGGCACAAUCGCUCGAUAACUUGGCUACUUCGUCGUUUAUGACAGCUACUAAUAGCGUGGGUGAGUUUGGAUUGGCUAACACGUACUCGAACCGAGGAGCCGCCGAGCGAUCGCUCUUUACUGCUCUUGACCAAUAA